AGCAUGGCGCUCGCUGCAGGUGCUGAGCGGGUAGCCGCAGAGUUUGAGUAUACGAAGGAAGAUGUCAACCGUGGUGUGCAGGAGUUCAUCCGACAGAUGGACGAGGGCUUGCAGAAGCAGGGCGCGACGAUGUCUCAGAUUCCGACAUAUGUCACGGCUGUGCCUAAUGGAACGGAGAAGGGCCUGUAUAUGGCGGUGGAUCUGGGUGGGACGAACUUCCGAGUAUGCAGUAUUCAAUUGCAUGGCAACAGCACGUUUAGCUUGACGCAGAGUAAAGUCAAGAUCCCGCAGCAGCUUAUGGUGGCCAAGACGAGCCAUGAGCUUUUUGCUUUCCUGGCAAAGCAGAUCGAACUGUUCCUGAAGACGCACCACAACGAUCACUAUGUCACGCACGUGGAGAGACGGAAGAGCUACGUCGGCUUCACGGAGGAGCAAGUGUUCAGCCUUGGCUUCACCUUCUCCUUCCCCGUGCAACAGUCUGGCAUUAACAAGGGCACACUCAUCAGAUGGACAAAGGGCUUCGACAUCCACGAUACAGUCGGCAAGGACGUCUGUGCGCUCUUGCAGAAGGAGAUUGAUGCGCUGCACUUACCAGUAAGGGUAGCAGCACUGGUCAACGAUACCGUAGGCACCCUUAUGGCUCGGUCAUACACCAGCCCUGGCAAGACUGGCACGCUCCUAGGCGCCAUCUUCGGCACGGGCACGAACGGUGCUUAUGUGGAGAAGCUGGAGCGCAUCACGAAGCUCAAGAAGAUGGGCGGUGUUAGCGCGUUUGAGGGAGAAACCGGAGAUAUGAUAAUCAAUACCGAAUGGGGCAGCUUCGACAACAAGAUGUCUGUCCUGCCCAACACGCCCUACGAUCGAGCAUUAGAUAAGGAGAGCAAUAACCCCGGCAUUCAAAUGUUCGAGAAACGCGUCAGCGGCAUGUUUCUGGGCGAGAUCCUGCGGCGUGCACUUCUAACUCUGGUUGAGGAUAAGAGUGUGCCGUUGUUCAGCGACGAGCACAGCAACCAGAACGACUUCCACUCGACAACCACGAUACACGAAGCGAGUCCGCUGUGGCGACAGUGGGGUCUAGAUACUUCUUUCCUCUCCAUCACUUCAGGAGAUAACAGUGCCGGCCUGAAAGUUACGCGACAGACACUCGAGAACGAUUACGAAGUCUCUGCGCCUUCUGCGGAAGAUGCAGAGGCCGUCCGACUGAUCGCUUCUGCCAUCGGGAAGCGUGCCGCGCGGUUAUCCGCUGUAGCCAUAGCAGCUGUAGUGAUCUCAACGGGCAAGCUCGAGAAGCCUGCAGACAUAGCCACAAGCAACAACGCGAGUCUGGAAGUGAACGAAGAUAACAUCGUCGAUAUCGGGGUUGACGGGUCGUUGGUAGAGUUCUACCCUAACUUUGAGGACUACAUUCGUGAAGCACUGCGGGAGAUACCGCAGAUUGGCCCGCAAGGCGAGAAAAGGAUACGUAUUGGCAUCGCGAAGGACGGGUCUGGCGUUGGUGCUGCACUCAUUGCGUUGGUUGCGGAUCAGGGUCGGAAGAGUGAGUUUCACUGACUGGCGAUCAACAACUAGUGAUGGAAGCUGACUUCACUUUGGGUAGACCCGACGAGCCCCUUGGCCGCGCGAACCUUCACGGGC